AUGUCAUAUCAAAAGCCUGAGAAGGAUUUUGGGGAGGGCCCAAAAAUCCAUAAAAUUCGCAUCACCCUGACUUCUCGCAAGGUUGCUUCUCUUGAGAAGGUCUGCCAGGAGCUCAUCGAGCGUGCGCGCUCCAAGUCACUUCACGUUAAAGGGCCUGUUAGGCUUCCUACCAAAACGCUCACAAUUUCUACUCGCAAAACACCCAAUGGUGAAGGUAGUAAGACUUGGGAUAGGUUUGAAAUGCGGAUUCACAAACGCUUGAUCGACCUGCAUGCCCCAACCGAGACUGUAAAACAGAUCAUCAUAAACAUUGAGGCUGGUGUGGAAGUUGAAGUUACCAUUGCUGCAUGA